AUGAAUGCUCCGCAUCCAGAGUUGUCACACCCACCUCAACCGUUACUUCCAAGAAUUUCAAUUGGUGGCAGAAUUCCAGUGACAAGUCUUCCACCAUUGAAUUAUUCAUAUGAUGAAACCAGCUCCUACAUCCAGAAACCUGCAAACUACAGGAUACCGUCAAUUUCGGUUGAGAAUCGUUAUGAGCCAGCAGACAGACUGCCAUCCAUUCGUUCGUUGCUUUCUCCAGCAUCAUCCCUUCCUAGUCCAAUAGUAUUGCCACCUCCUUUCACCUCCUCUACCUCAUAUCCUCCUCAUCAAUCUCCUGGCAUUGAACAGCCGUCCCCUCGCCAUCGCUGCAAUUCUAUACCCUGUGAGUAUAACUAUCCUCCAACUCCUUCAUAUUAUAAUGUUGCACCUUAUCCAUCGCAGAUGCAAUCAUAUCCAUAUUACAGAAGGCAGAGUCUGUUGUCACCCACAAGCCUUACGCCUGCCUCCCUUCCCAUUUCCUCGUCAUACGCAUCUAUCGCCUCGCUAACACCAUCUGGCUCUUCAGCGAGUGCUUCAAUUGAUGGGGACAUUAGGAGGUCUUCAAUCGUCACUCACUAUAUGGAGGAUAAAAUUAUUGAUCACAGAAGAAUUCAAAGAUCUAGAAAGAAGAGAGCAAACCUUCCAAAAAAAACUACAAGUAUUCUUUUGGGCUGGUUGAAUGACAAUUUGGACCAUCCAUAUCCAAGCGCAACUGAAAAGAGUGAGUUGAUUCAUUUGACCGGUUUGACGAAUCAGCAACUUUCCAAUUGGUUUAUAAACGCAAGACGGAGAAAGAUACAGGUUCUCCGUGCUCUGAAGAAAGAGAAGAAUCUUUAA